UUUGGAUUCGGUGAUGGCGGGUAAAGUAUCUUACGCCGUGGAUGAACUAAACCAAAUGGACCGUGUUUUCGCGUCCCAGUUUUAGUAGUGCUUCUGGUGCAGCUUGUAAAUUGUGUUCAAAGUUAACUUUCAUGCUUUAGUGCGCAUUUCGUCGAGGGGUUCAGAGAUGUCAGUCUGCUGGUACUAUAUGCAAGGGAGGUGCCGCUAUGGCGAUCGCUGCCGUAACGCGCAUCCUUCUUUGGAAUAUGACUACGACGACGAAUACGAGGAACCACAUACUUCAAGCGGUGGAAGAGCGGAUAACUUCGAUUUUAACGCCACUCUUCAAAAUGUGCGCCGGCAAGAGCAGGCGAAGCAGUACCGCAGCGAAAGCUUCCAAAGGAGAUAUGCUGAUACUUACCACUCGCCGCAGGCGAAUCGGCAGACGCACAGUAGCUACUACAGCUACCAACCGCAGCAACAAAAUAGGUUUCAAGCCCUUCGCGACACCGAAAGAAACUCCAGUCGGUACUCGGACAGUAGUUAUUACAGUUACCAGCCGCAGCAACAAAAUCGGUUUCAAGCCCUUCGCGAGACCGAAAGAAACACUCAUCGGUACUCGGAUAGUAGCCAUUACAGUCAGCAGCAGCAGCAACAGCAACAAAACCGGUUUCAGUUGGUUCGGAACACCGAAAGAAAUGACCGCAGUCGGAAGGCUCCAGCAGUGGAGUUCGACUUCAAUAAAGCACUCCAGGAGGUGACCAAAGCCGAAGAACGUAAGAAUCCAAGUGAACUGUCCAGUGAUGAAGCUGCUGUUGUAUCAGACAUGAAACAGUGGCAGGCAAGUGGGCAGUGGCUGUUCACAUGCUAUGGGCCAUUUGGAAAUUCAGCAUCGUACCCUGGAUUUUGUGAUGUUUCAAUGGAAGAGUUGCGGCUUGACUUCUAUAAUGCAUUUCAAGCAGGAGCAGUUGGUGACUAUUCCAAUCACGUGAAACAAGCUGCUACAAAUGUGCAGCAGAAUAUUCAACACUUGCUGUUAAUGCCUCCAGAUGUAAGGACCUGCUUGAAAAACCUUCGUAAUGAUCAAGCCACAGCAGGUCCACCAUCUUUUAGUACAGUUUCAUUAUUGCUUGUCCUUCAACUGUACCUCCUGUUUUCUUGGAAAACUCCAGCUGGCCUGCUACAAACUUCUGCAGCCUUGACAGCAGCACUUCCCCCUUUCACAUCACAACCCCAGUCGCAAGUUUCAACGCAGCAAAGCACGAGGCCAACGAGUACAAAAAGUGCCCAGAAAGUUGCAGAGACUGAUUAUGUUUACUCACUUGUGGAAAAUCUGGCACCUGAGGAAAAAGAACAGUUUUUGGCUGAACAUUUCACACCUGGAAAGAUCCCUCUACGACCGCCACCAAAGGAGUAUUGUGGUGUUGCUUAGACAGAAGAAGGCAACAUUCUGCUUUGGGCUCAACAGUGUUGGGCUCACAGGCUUAACUACAGGGACUGUGUCGCAGCCAAGAGAAAUGCUAUGGCAUGCCAUAUCACCACCUAGAGCCGAUUCAGUAUUGUCCACAAGAUAUGCAGUGCUAGCUGCCUGGCCUUUUGUACACAUGUGAAUAUAGUUGCCACCUAGGAAGAGCUCUUUCUGAGUUGAUAGUUCAGAACAUUCUUACAGCCUUGCCUUUUGUACAUUUGUACACAUGUGAAUAUAGUUGCUGCCAUAUAGAAAAAGUUCUUGUCUUGAUGCUACAGCAUAUUUGCUAGCCUUAAGUUAUUUUUUAAAACGGGCAUUGAAAAAAUAAAAUUUGCAUUAAUGAGCAUGCCGUAGGCCUGCAAACAAGCAUAUUAAAAGGCAGGCAUUUUCAGAAAUUGCUAAGGGAGGAAGAAGCAUGCUGUAACACCUUCUAUCUCUAACGUGUUUCUGAAGCAGAAUGUAAAAUUCCCAUAAGAAUAUUUCGGUAUUAACAUUCAAUUAAUUGUUAUUUGUAUUUUGAUAUAUGUAACCAAACAUAGUGCAUAAUUGUCAAGUACCAGCACAUCAAUAACCAGGGGUAAACAUAGAAGAGACAUACACAGCACUGUGUAUAAAUGAAUCAGUGUGCAAUGCAGAUUAUCUCAUGCAAGCAUUCAGCAGGAUGCAGUGCAGACAAUCCACUUUAUUUUUUACCCAAUGCUGAGAGGCGUUUGCAUGCCUGCCAGACUUGUGUAAUGCAUCUGUGCCAUUGUGUUGUACAGGUUGACUUGUGUCUGGCUGCAUGACCAUCAGCCAGACUAGUUAUGUACACAAAUAUCGCCAACUUCUAUAUACUGUGCAUGUCUUCAUGCACUGAUGUCACUUUUCUGUAGGUACACUGAAACAAAUGCGCACCUCUUCGGCAUGAGUAAAUAUGCUGUGCCAAUGUCUCUUAAACACCUGUUUGAAGCCCUAUGUGACAAAUAUGCAUCCAAGUUGGCAUGCUUGAACUGCACAAGUUCCCCAGUAAUGUCGCUGUCAUUUGUUUUUUCCGUUGCUACUUUCAAGGAAAGCUUAUAGUUUACAGUUUAUUAUUAGUGAACUGUUGCAAAGAGUUGCACAUUUGGUUAAAUAAUUUGUGAACAAAGAGUCAUUCAUAGCAUGCAGGCUGCUACUAUUGCUUGUUGCGGUCUGUGUUGCUUUUUGUACAAAUUAUUUCCACUAAGGACCAUAUGGAUGGUCUUGAGGCACAUCUUUUGCCUAGUUUUUUCUAUAUUUAUUGAAAGAAACACAUUGCUUUGCAAGCUGUAAAGCCUUAAAAAUGGUUUUAUUGGAGUUCUUGACCUUGGCACUUGCGUGGUAAAUCAAAUUUGUGCAAGUUUGCUUGCUGAAUAAGCAGUACAGUUAAAAUUUGUUACAACUGACAAAAGUGUUGUAUGCAGUACAACAGCCUUUAUUAUAACAGACUUUGACUGUAUUAUGCACACAUUACAAGCCAGAAGCUUCUAGUUAUCCAUUUGGGCUCUUCCAAGUUUUGUGAAAUGCUGUGAAGCUGUACACAGUCACUAUAUUUGAACAUUUUUUUAGUAGCAUUACUUCAUGAACUUGUUUUUCUGUUCCGAAAAUGAAACUGUGGUUGUGAAUAAAAUCUGUACAAGCAAGUUA